UCAUCACAUUCUCAGUUAACCAGCAAUGGGGGCUCAAUUUGCAGAAGCAAUAUCAGCUGCCCUCCUCACUGGCCUUGUCACUCUUGCAACACUUGUCAGCUGCAACACUGAAGGUGACAUACUGUACAAGCAAAAGUUAGUCUGGGAGGACCCCCAAAAUGCGCUGCAGACAUGGGAUCCAACCCUUCACAAUCCCUGCAGCUGGGAGCAUAUCACCUGCAACAAGGAUAACUCCGUCAUCCGCGUGGAUUUGUUGAAUGUGGACAUCUCAGGGCCUCUGAUUCCUCAAUUGGGAGGACUGAAAAAUCUCCAGUUUCUUCAGUUGUAUGGGAGUCGCCUGAAUGGAUCAAUACCAGCAACCCUGGGCAAGCUGAAACAUCUUGUCAGUCUUGAUCUUUCUAUCAACCUUCUCACUGGCGCGAUACCGGAUUCGCUUGGAGCCCUGAGCAAUUUGCUAAUUCUGAGGUUAUCUCAGAACAACCUGACAGGGGCUAUACCCCCAUCCUUGGGCAAUCUGAAGAAACUUGAGAUCUUGGAGCUUCGGAACAAUGCACUGAGUGGAACUAUUCCGGCUUCUCUUGGAGAUAUCGAAACAUUGAAUUACCUGGAUUUGAAUGAUAAUAAGCUGACUGGCACCGUGCCAUUGGAAAUCCUUGCUCGUCUUGUCACCACCUUGGGUGAACUAACUGUUUCACAUAAUGAUUUGGACGGCACAAGCAGAGAUUCUGUAACCAGAGUUACUACCGUACUCCAUGACAUGCCGAAAACUUCAAAUUGAGUCCAAGCUCAUGAUUCUGUAUUUCAGGCAACAUUUUGGAAAUGAGGAGUAAUAAAUAAAAUUACAGUUCCCUGCAUACGUUGAGGGUUAUUUAGUAUUUCUGCGUUUACCGAUCAGGCUGCUCCAUGAUUCAUUCCUUUCCUGUAUCAAUCAUAUGUAAUAUCCCACGUGUUGCUGUGAAAGAACUACGUUAUAAUAUAGUAGAUAUAAAUUCUAAAAAAA